UGCUAUGCCCUACACCGAAGCGUUAUCUGCCAUUUCUCCCAGCAAACGGGCCCGGCCUGCCGAGGAGGGCGGCGUGCGGCUCCGCUUUGCCCGGCUGUCGGAGCACGCUACCGCCCCGACCCGGGGGUCCUUGCGGGCAGCGGGCUAUGACUUGUACAGUGCCUACGAUUAUACAGUUCCAUCCAUGGAGAAAGCCCUUGUGAAAACUGAUAUUCAGAUAGCCCUUCCUUCUGGGUGUUACGGAAGAGUAGCUCCACGUUCUGGCUUGGCUGCAAAACAUUUCAUAGAUGUAGGAGCUGGUGUCAUUGAUGAAGAUUAUAGAGGAAACGUUGGUGUUGUACUCUUUAAUUUUGGCAAAGAAAAAUUUGAAGUGAAAAAGGGUGACCGAAUUGCACAGCUCAUUUGUGAGCGUAUUUUUUAUCCAGAAAUUGAGGAAGUUCAGGUUUUGGAUGACACCGAAAGGGGUUCAGGAGGUUUUGGUUCCACUGGAAAGAAUUAA